AAUCUGCGCGCGGGGCUCCGUGAGGGGAGCGGGGCCGGCCCGGGAGCGCCGCGGGACCGGCGGGGCCGAUCCGCAGCCAUGAGGGGACAGGGACCCGCCCGGGAGCGCCGCGGGCGAGUCUGCGACAUCAUCGCGACCCCCAACCGCCGCUCCGCCCGGGGAGAGCCGCCGCUCCGCUCGGUGUCCCUCAGCAGCAUCCCCGCGGGGACGCUCACCCCGCUGAAGCAGCUCCUGCCAGGCCCGGGCAGCGGCGCGGCCGCGGACAGCCGCGUGUCAGGCCCGCAGGUGGCGGGGACGGAGCGCCGGGCUGGCCCCGACUGCCGGGCUGGCCCCGACUGCCGGGCCGGCCCCGUCGCCGAGCGGCCGCCGAAGCGCCGCGCUCCGGAGCCGCCCGGGCAGGAGUCGCCGGCCAAGAUCUUCCAGCGGAUGAAGGCGCGGGCGGAGCAGCGGCGCAGGAUCCUCACCGAUGUGAUCCUGAGCCCCGCGGCCCGGCAGCAGUGGCCCGGCACGGCCCGGGGGGCGGGCAGCGCUCAGCCGGCACCAGAGCCAGUUUUGCCUCAGGCUCCCAGGAUGGAGCCCCUGGAAGUGCCCCCAGCAGAGCCUGCAGUGCUGGAAUCCCCCCAGAAGUUCUUCCUGCGGGUCAAGUGGCAGCUGCAGCAGCAGCACCAAGCUACGCCACCUUCAACCCAAACCCAGCAGAAUGUUCCUCCUUCCAGAAGUGCAGAGAAUCCUUCAGUCCAGGCUGCUUGUGCUGAGCAGCCAGGGACUGGGCCUGCAGGGGAGCUGGACUCUGAUAAGGAUGAUGUGGAUGUUUUCCUGGUGGAGUCUGUUGAGGUAGAUGCUGAUGGAGAAAUGUCUCAAAGAACAGUGGCUUCUCCUCUGCAAGUGAAAUCCAGCCCUUGGGAAAACGGGGAUCAGGCAAAGGGAAGGUGGGGAAAGGCAGAAGCAAAACGUCCAGAGCUUCCUGAGGACAGGAGAGAGCUGCAGCCCAGCAGAAAACCAGCUGCUCCAGCUGUGGAAAAGGCACCAGAGACCAAUCCUGCAAACCUCUCCCAGCCCUUCUGUAGCAUCUUGCUCUCCUCUCCAAUCCACAUUCCAAGGAAGCAGAAGCGGGCAGAAGACCCCAAGGUCCCUUUGGAUAAAGCUGCUGCUGAUCAACCUGCUGGCAAAGCACACAAAGAGAAAACCAUCUGCCUGAGCAGCUGGAGGAUUAAAGUGCUGGCUGGAAACACGGCAAUCUGUGUGGAAGGGAAAAGGAAGGACAUGAGGCAGCUGCUGUGGCACAGCAGCGCCGUCACGGAGCGCGUCACUCACAACCAGGUGCAGACCUCCUCGGGAGCUGUGUACCUGCUGCAGGGCAAGAUUGACUCAGCUGCCAUGAGGAAGGAAGGGUUCCCCUACCGCUUCAUCAAGAAGUUCACGUUCGGCUUCUCCAGAAGGUGGAAGGAGUACGUGGAGGAGUUUCUUGAGGAAAGGAGGAGGAAAGAGCGAGUUCAAGAGAGUGGAGGGGAGGAGAACGACUCCAUGGGGGGAACUGAUGUGUUGGAACCUGCAGGAGGCUCAGUGAGCAAAGCCAAGAAACCUGCACUGAGGAACUCCACCUAUGAGGCAUCACCAGAGAACCAUGAGAACAUCUUCAUAACACCAAGUCACACCUCCAGGAAUGACUCCAGCAUGGUCUACACCCGCAGCGGGCGCCUCGUCAAACCCCCCAUGAACUUCUGGUGUGGGCAGAGGGAGUUUGUGGAUCAGGAGCUGAAUGUCACCAUACAAGAUGGAUGGGUGGAUUAUCUGAACCUGAUGCCUAGUAGUGAAAAACCCAAAAGAAAGACCAGGUUCAUCUCCAAGAAUAAACCAAAGGAAGGCAUGAAGACAACAGAGGAAAUGCCAAAAAGCCAAAGUAAAGGGAGAAGCAGCGAGAGAGGAGCCGCUUGCAGAGGGGAGCCCAGGUCUGCCAGCAGCAGCAAGGGCAGGCAGCUCCUUUCGGAGGAGGAGGAGGAGAAUGAUCCUGGAAGCAGGGGCACAAAAACCAAACCAUCCCAGCUCCCUGCCAGGGGGGCUUCCUCCAAGCCCAAGGUGCCGGACAGACAGGGCAGCAGAGCCCCGGGGGCAGCAGAGAGAGCAGCAGGGUCUGCAGAGCUGAGCAUGUACGAGCAGGGCUACAGGAACUCCCUCAGGUCAGCCAAGCAGCGCCUCCCUGGAAAGGAGAGGGUUCUCCUCACCCAGCAGCCCUCAGAGGAUGAGGAGGAGCAGUCCAGUGAGGACACCCCACUGCUGAUCAGGAGGAAGAAGAAAUCUGUAUUGAAGCCAGAGUCUCAAAACCGGAAACCUUGCUCUGGCUCCAGAGGUUCCUGGGAUGAUGCAAACAAGUCCUGUGGCCAAAGAACAGCAAAGCCCUCCCAGAAUGUGCUGGUGAGGCUGAGUGGGCCCGAGUCCAGUGAGGAGUCCGAGCCCCCUCCUGAAGGGAAAACAUCCUCUGAGUCCAGUGCUUCCCUUGUGCCUGCCCGGGCCAGGAGGGCUCGGGGCAGAGCCAACCCUGCCAGGUACAGGCUCCGUUCUGACACCGAGCCCGAGGAAAUGCACAGCGAGGACAGCGAUGCCAGAGCACCCCAGAUAAAAACAAACCAUGCAGUCCCCAGCAGUGCCAGGCCUGCAGCAGCAAAACCCAGAGACACAAGGGGGCAGAAAUCUCUGGAACUCUUUCCAAGGGCGGGCGAUGGCUGGUCUGAGAAGGAAUUACAGAAGCUUCACAAGGCCAUCACAGCGUUCCCCAAGCACAGGAGCGGCUUCUGGCAGGAGGUGGCCAUGGCCGUGGGGUCCCGCUCGGCCCAGGAGUGCCAGGGGAAGUACCUGGAGGAGCAGCAGGGGAAAGCAAACAAACAGCAGCCCAGGAAAACCACGUCAGGAAAACCUGAGAAGAAAGGUCCUGCAGAUAAGAGGGAGCCAGUGAUCACUGCCAAGGUGGGCACCCUCAAACGGAAGCAGCAGAUGAGGGAGUUCCUGGAGCACCUGCCCAAGGACAACCACGACGACGUCUUCACUGCAACACCCCUCCAGAAGAGGAGGGUCCAGCUGCCAGCACUGCGAGGGAGCCAGGACGGGGACACCGAGGAUUUCGCCCUCUCCGAGCUCCCGCUCACGCCCUCCUCAGGCCUCUUUCCCCCUGUGAAAACCCCACAGUGUGAGCACAUCAGCCCGGGAAUGCUGGUCCCCAUCAACAGGAAUGACUACGACCGGCACGUGUUCCGCAUGCAGAAGAACACCCAGGGCAGCCGAGGCACCUGGGACAAGGUCAAGAAGAAGUCGGCUGGAGCUGUGCACGAGACACCGGCUUCCUGCAGAACCAAGAGAGUGACCCCGGCCCCAGUGGUGGGGAAGCUCUUCACGGCUGAGACUCCAAACUCAUCCAGUGAGGAGCAGGAUUCCUACUUUUCCAUGUGAUGGACUCUGGAUGUCUUGUUCAGUAUUUCCCACUUUUCCAUGUGAUGGACUCUGUGGAUGUCUUGUUCAGCACUUGCUGUUCAGAGCAUGGGGGUUCUGCUGCCCCUCUGGAGGGAAUACUGGAAUGAUUUUAGUUUGGAAAAGCUGCCCUGCUAUGGUUUUAUGUGUUUUUAUUCCAUUCCCACCCUCCUACCAAUGCUUGGCUUUUCCAUGUGUACCAAGUGGCAUUUCCGUGUCCAGGCUCCUCCCCUCCAUGUCCUGCUUCUCCUGGGAAGGAGAAAUGUACAUAGAUACCAAUGACUGCCAAGUUUUGAUUCAUUUUAAGCUAAAAUAUCUUCUGGGAUAUGGUUGUAUAAUAAAUUUAGCAGCAGUCCAGAAGGAACUGAAAUUGCUUUUUAAUUUACUCUAGGGCCAGCUUGAAUUUUUACAUUUCCUUAAUGUAAUAAAUAAAGAGAAGCUUUUUUUUACUCA